CAACGUCCGAUACAAUAAUAUACUGGACCUACUGCAAUUGGAUCAAGAUACUUUAAGCGAUGAAUUGAUACUGAUACAGGUCAAAUCAAUGAUUCAGUCCCAAUUGGCGGCAGAUCACGAGUUAAAGCAAGCAGCAAACCACAGAAAGCGAGAGGAAAAGUACUUCGAACUUCUGGAUGCUCUGAAGGCUAUUACCACCAAAUCCAACUUACGUAAGUUUGGGAAAGCACUGCAAAGAUUUGAACACGAUAUGGCGGGAAUGACGGUUAUGGCCUUCACUCAUGAUGUCAGACGCAGAGAGGUAGCCUUUUCAUCAUUGCCCCGCGGAACAGGCAAAGCCCCCCAACCAGUUCAAGGCGUUCAUCUUGAUUUUACUCCUCGCUCGGCCGAGCAGAGACUUCGCAUGAUACUCCCUGCUGAAGAUUUGCCAAACAUCCUCAAGUGCAGAUGGUAAGUCCUCAAGUAAGAUUGCCCUCCAACUGGCGACCUGAAUACCAAGUGAUCAUCGUUGGCUGAAGGACAGUAGAAAAGUCAAGGUUCGUAGAGUCGUAGGGGGAAUUCUUGUA